UUUCCUGCUCGGAGCCGCCGCGCGCGUGCAUAGACGAUCUUUGGCGUCAGCGGCGCCUACUGUGUGUCAACAACUGAACCGGCGGCGUUUGGCUUCUAACCACCGGUACCGGCGGGUCCCGGGGCCGCUGCCGAACACAGAACCGUCAGGACGAGCAGCCGCUCGCUCAGAGGAGGAUUCUCCACCGUUUCCCCGGAAGUGACUCGCGCGGAGCGAACAUGCAGCGGAAGAAUUGACCCCCCUCCGCUGAUGGAGACCCAGAGGAAGAGCUCUGGGGAGGACGGCGGCGGGGAACGGGGCCUCCUCCACGCUUGGAGGGGCUACUCUUGCAGCGUGACCCCGGAGAGGUUGCUGCUCCCUCGACCGAUCCUCCAGGUGGCCCUGGGGGCCCGGCACGCCGUCCUGCUAGUGGAAGGUGGGCAGGUGUACAGCGUGGGGGCGUUGCCAUGGAAACAGAAAGCCUCUGAAACGACAGACCCCACCCUGGAGGGUGCGCUCAGCGGGCAGCGGGUGCUCACUGUGGCGGCCGGCAGCUUCCACUGCGGGGCGGUGACGGAGGACGGCGGCGUCCACAUGUGGGGGGACAACGGCGCCGGGCAGUGCGGGCUGUCGGGGCUCAGCAGCGUCCCCAACCCCACGCCGGUGGCCCUGAUGGAGCCGGAGUGCGGCUCGGCUCAGGUGGUGUCGGUGCUGGAGCUGGCCUGCGGGGAGCGCCACACUCUGGCGCUGUCUCUGCAGCGGGAGGUGUGGGCGUGGGGCGGCGGGUGUCAGCUCGGCCUCAACGGCGCCGCCGCCUCGUCGGUGUGGAGGCCGCGGAAGGUGGAGCAGUUGGCGGGGAGGCGCGUGCUGCAGGUGGCCUGCGGGGCGUCGCACAGCCUGGCUCUGGUGCGCUGCCUCGGCCCCGGGGACGCCCAGCGCCCCCCAGUGGACAAGUGCAGCCACUGCAACCAGCUGCUGUACACCAUGACGGACAAGGAGGACCACGUCAUCAUCUCUGACGGACACUGCUGUCCGCUCGGCGUGGAGCCCACCGAGGACGACCCGCCCGCUCCUGCCCUCAAAGCAUCGCCGUCCGAGCCCGUGCUCCCGUCCCACCUCUCCUCCACCUCUGAGCCUCCUGGCGUAACCUCCUCUGACUCCGCCCACACUCAGGACUCUGGCUCAUUAGCAAACGGAGGGGAGGAGCUUUCCUCGGCGGUGUCCCGGGCCAAGAGUUCCCCGUAUCCUGAUGAACGGGCCGUGAAGGAGUAUCUGAGGAGGCUGUCGGACAACACGCAGGCAGACGCCAAGACUGCCGCCGGGGGGCGCCACGCUCUGCUGCCGUCAGCAGGUCUGGCGUCCUCCACCCUCAACAACUUGGCCUCCUGCGCGUCCGCCGUGGGCGAGCGGGUGGCCUCCACGUACGAGGCCCUGUCCUUCAAAAAGAUGAUGAACUUCUACCUGCCGUCCAGGCCUCCCAGUUCGGAGGGCGCGGCCGAAGUGGGCGACCUCACCGCCGAGCGCGUCCGCCUGGAGGACUCGGUGCAGACCAAGAAGAGCUGCAGCACGGGGGACAUCCACGAGGAGGAGGCGGAGGGCCUGCGGCGCCGCCUGUCGCUGCCGGGGCUCCUGUCACAGGGUAGAUACGCUGUUCAGCUCUUAUCCUCCUCCUAUGGGCUGCAGCUGUCGCCACGGCUGCUGAGGAGAGCCGCCCACUCCAGGAUGCGAGCCGUGGCCCUCACCCCUCUGGGAGGAGCGGUUCCCGAGACCAAGGAGCUGCUGCCCUCCCUGCAGACGGAGGUGUGGAGCUGGGGCCGCGGCGAGCACGGCCAGCUGGGACACGGAGACUGCUCGGACCAGCCGCAGCCGCUCUGCAUCAAGAGUCUGAACAACAAGGAGGUGGUGCGGGUGGUGGCCGGCGCCCAGCAUUCACUCGCCCUGACGGCUCAGUGUCAGGUGUUCUCGUGGGGCAGGAACAACUGUGGUCAGCUCGGUCACAUGGAGACGCCCAGCACCGUCCCCCGCCUCGCCAAGAUGUCUGAAGGGAUCCGGGUGUGGGACGCCAGCGCUGGAGAACGCCACUCCCUGCUGUUGGCGGACGGCGACUGCAUCCAGCCCAUCAUUUACUACAGCGGCCAGCAGGUGAAGGACGGCGAGGAGGACGAGGAGGAGGGCGUGGCUCAGGAGGGUGAAGGAGACGAGCGACAGGCGGGAGGAUACACCCAGCAGCCCGUCCUGCUGCCUUUCUGCAUGAAUCUGGGAUAUGUCAGCAGCGUGUCGGCCGGUGGGGGGAGGUGCAUGGCGCUGUCGGACAGGAACAUGAUGGGCCUCAUCGCUAGCUUCCACGAGCUAGCCUCCACGGAGAGGAAGUUCUACGGCAAGCUGUAUAAUAUAAAGACGCAGGUCAUCCGCCCCCUGCUGGAGCUGGAGUCCCUGAGCUCGGCUCUGGGUCAGGCUUCCCUUGGCGUCCUGCAGACUUUGGCGGGUCAGUUUGGUCAUCUGUGUCACCUGACCGGACAGCACAGCGCCAGCCUGACCUCCAACCUGCGGCGCUGCCGCGGCCUCCAGGGCCUCCUCAUCCUGGAGCACCACGACAUCUUCCUGGACUCCUACAGCGAUUACUGCAGCGCCGUGGGGAACUUCCAGGUGAUGGGAGGCUUCCAGUCUCUGGCCAAACCGCUGCUGGACGUCUUUGGGAAAAGUCCAGAGCUGCUGCAGAGGCUGUCGGAGUGCAGCGAGGAGAACACCACCGCACCGGACCUCAUGGUGGCGCUCUUUUAUCUCCCUUUGCGCCACGUCCAGGAGUACGGGCGGCUCCUGCUCAAGUUAGCCACCUGCUACGAAGCGAACUCGGAGGACUACAAGAAGCUGCAGGACAGCUGGUCCAAGUUUGAAGCUUUGAGCCUCCAGCUGAAGAGGAGGAGGAAGGAGGCGGAGUUCACCUUCCACUUCUGGAAGAGCUUUCCCGGGAAAAUGACGGACUCGCUGCGGAAGCCCCAGCGGCGGCUGAUCUGCGAGAGCAGCAACAAGGCGCUGACGCUGCAAAACGCCGGCCGCUUCUCCGUCAACUGGUUCAUCCUUUUCAACGACGCCCUGGUCCACGCGCAGGGCGUGGCGCCUCAUAAAAACCUCUUCUCCACUCAUCACAUCUUCCCUUUAGCAACGCUGUGGGUGGAGCCAAUCCCAGAGGACGACUCCAGCCUACACGGGUUAAAGGUGAUCACACCUGAAGAGACGUUCACACUACUGGCGUCGUCUCCUUCAGAAAAGUCCAAGUGGUUGCGAGCCAUCAACCAGGCUGUGGAUCAAGCUCUGAGCGGGACGGAGCAAAAGUCAGAACCGCCCAUCUCCAGAACCGCUUCCUACACGUUCUACAAGGAGGGACGGCUGAAGGAGGCGACGUAUGAAGGGUGCUGGGUUUCUGGAAAGCCCCAUGGCAGUGGAGUUCUGAAAUGGCCUGAUGGGAGAAUCUAUACCGGGACGUUCAAGAAUGGACUGGAAGACGGCUUUGGGGAGUUCUCAGCUCCAAACAAGAGCCUCAACAAGAGCGACUGCUAUCAGGGUCACUGGAAAGACGGGAAGAUGCACGGCCCGGGGACCUACAGGUAUGCCAGCGGAGAAGUCUACGAUGGAUCCUUCCAGGACGGCGUGCGGCACGGGCACGGCAUGCUCCGCAGCGGCAAGCUCAACACGUCCUCGCCCAGCGUCUUCAUCGGCCAGUGGCUGCAGGACAAGAAGACGGGCUACGGCGUCUUCGACGACAUCACGAAAGGGGAGAAGUUCAUGGGCAUGUGGCAGGACCACCUGCGUCAGGGCACGGGCGUCGUCGUCACGCAGUUCGGCCUCUACUACGAAGGAGCCUUCAAGGACAACAAAAUGGCGGGAACUGGCGUCCUGGUGUCAGAAGACGAUACGACGUAUGAGGGGGACUUUUCUGACGACUGGACCCUCAGUGGGAAGGGCGUGCUGACCAUGGCGAACGGCGACUACCUGGAGGGCUCCUUCAGUGGCGAAUGGGGCUCCGGCCUCAAAGUGACCGGCUCCUACUUCAAACCUCACCUGUUUGACUCCGGCAAAGACAAGACGCGAGCCGUGAAGCUGGGUCGGCUGUGCGUCAGCGCGGAGGAGAAGUGGCAGGCCGUCUUCCAGGAGUGUUGGAGUCAGCUGGGCUGUGAGGCGCCGGGACGAGGAGAGCUCCUGAAGGCCUGGGAGAACAUCGCCGUGGCCCUCACCAGCCACCGCCAACACAUCCAGGACAGGUACGCUUCAAGUGUUCGUCCAGGGUUGAUGUCUCUGAGUCACAGCAAAACCCUGGAGGGUCUGGAGGUUGUCCCGCAUCAUGAAGGGCCCAUCACCGUGGAGAGAUACGACGACAUCCGCACCUACCUCCUCAACGCGUGCGACACCCCCCUACACCCCCUGGGCCAGCUGGUGGAGACCCUGGUGGCCGUCUACCGGAUGACCUACGUGGGCGUCGGCGCAAACCGGCGACUCCUGCCGCUGGCCGUCACCGAGAUCAAGUCCUACCUCAGUCGCAUCUUCCAGAUCGUCCGGUUUCUGUUCCCAGACGUGCCAGAAGAGGGCGCCCUCAUACCAGAUUCAGCCUCCAGCUUCCAGAUGAAAAAGGAGCCGAGUGCUGCUGACGCCCCGCUGGAGUCGCCCCGGCCCGGCCUGGUGGCGAGCAGCUGGGCUCUGCUGCUGCCCGUCCUGCUGCCUCGCCUCUACCCGCCGCUCUUCACGCUCUACGCUCUGGAGAAGGAGAAGGAGGACGACCUGUACUGGGAGUGCGUCCUCCGGCUCAACAAGCAGCCCGACCUCGCCCUGCUGGCCUUCCUCGGGGUCCAGCAGAAAUUCUGGCCCAUCUCAACUUCCGUACCCGAGGCAGGAGACAAACAGCUGGUCGUCUCCAGCACCAAAGACUCCUGCUUUGCCUCUGCGGUGGAAACGCUGCAGCAGAUCAGCACGACGUUCACCCCCACAGACAAGCUGCAGGUGAUCCAGCUGACCUUCGAGGAGAUCACUCAGGUGGUCCAGUCGCUGCUGCAGCAGGACUUCCUGUGGUCCAUGGACGAGCUCUUCCCCGUCUUUCUCUACGUGGUUCUGCGAGCUCGGAUCAGGAACCUGGGCUCUGAGGUCAGCCUCAUGGAGGACCUGAUGGACCCGUCGGUCCAGCACGGAGAGCUGGGAAUCAUGUUCACCACGCUCAAGGCGUGCUACUACCAGAUUCAGCACGAGAAGGUCACAUAAGACCGGCUCCUCUCUGCUCCUCAGAUCGGAGGGAUCGCUCCACCGAGUCGUCGACAGCUCCGUCUGCUGCUGUCAUGGAGGCAGACCCCUCCCCCAGCCUGAUCUCCACCAAUCAGGAAGGCCCACUAAUGUGGGAGGGGCCAGUACAGUCUUACUCGAAGUCUUCUUGGAUUGACUGGUUUUCCUGUGAAUCCGUUGCACUUUAAAGUAUUGUUUUGUAUCAAACGUGAACGUUUUCUUUUGUUCUGGUCGUCGGCUCAGCACUGCCCCCUGCUGGCAGCUUCUGGCAGCAGGUUGAGUGCAGGAUUUUAUAAAAAAAACAAAGCUACGAAUCUACGGGGAGAUCUGAAAUGUCACUACACUUCUUUGUUUCGCAGAAGCACGAUGUUUCCAGUUUCUUGCGUAAACCCGACUGUGAAGACUCGAUAAGCUUUGAGUGUUGUUUCAACUGUGGAGCAUUCCAGAAGGGAAACCAAACACUACAUGAGUGCUCCACAGUCCCGCUCAGCAGCAUCUGUUCAUGCUAACGCUUCCCGCCGUCGUGCGUCACAGAAACGGCUUAAGAGGCGACUCUUUCCUGAACGGCGGCGCCGGCUUUUGUUUUCUCCCAAGGGUCAGAGGUCAAACUGCUGUUUUUCCUCCCCCUUGUGUUUUAUGAAGUGACGUAACGUGAAGCUGCUCAAAGCCAAACGGUGUUCCUGUUGCAGCAGAAGCGACUCUCUUUACGGUUUACUGUUUGUUCUGUCUGCAUCGUUUUUAAUGGCUGUACGAACUGACUGGACCUCAUGUGUUUGUGAAGGAACUGCAAACUGACACGAGUCCGUUUGAAAAUCCUCUGAAGUUUUGAAAAAAAAAAGCAAUAAAGACUCAUCUGACUCAAUUUGAAUGAAA